AUGGUGGGCGUUGCCAAGGAGGCCAGGAAGAUUCGUGAGUGGCUGAGGAAUAAUGUGAACGAACGUUAUCUCUUCAACUCCUACUCUCGAAGAUACGAGAUUUGUCUUUGCGAUGACAUCCGGGUUGCCACCUUUGAUCUUCUGAAGUAUAUACUGUUGAAUUCUACAGGGAACAAAGAACCGUUUGUGCUUAUGGAUUUUGCAAUAAAGAGGAACAAGAGUAAGAGACAAACGACCAUGGCAGGAACUUCAGAUAAAUAUUUAUCACAGUGCCCAGCCACAACUGAGGACAUGGAUUGGUGUGGCACAGUUUGUACUGGAAAUAUCCUUUGCAUCCACAAGCUGUCAGCCAAGAGGAUGGUGGCAUUUGAAGGCCAGAACACCGGCAGGAGAUUCUUUGGCUGCGCUGAGCGGGAAGGGAACAACUGUGGUGUUGUGGAUUGGGUGGAUCCAAAAUGGCCAGAUACACUGAAAAGGGCACUGAAGAAGCUUUGGUAUCUGUAUGAGCAGAACAAGAUAGACAAUCUUGCUAAAGUAGAGGAAUUAUCCAAGCUAGCGGAAGAAAAAAAGCAGCUAGAGGAGAAAUACCAUCUAAACAUUAAGCUUACCAAAGAUUUUUGUGAAUCUAUUGAGAAACAGGUCCACAGGGAGAAUGACCUGAAGAUUAUGAAGGAAAGUGGAGAGGAAAAGAUUGCACAGGAAGAGAGGGCUAAGCUUGAGAAGGAGAACAUGGAGCUGAAGAAACAGGUUGAUCUGCUGAAGCACAUUCAGGCUGCCCAGGCAGAAGUGAUCAGAAAUUGGAAAAAAGAUGCAGAUGAAGGUAUUGACGAGGGGAAGCAGGAGAAGAAAAAGCUAGAAUAUGCCAUUGUUGACCUACUGAAGGCUGGGAGGUGAACAAGAGCAAGAUUAAGAGGAUCAAGGCAAUCUGUGAUGAGUGAAUGUA